AUGCUGAAAGUAAAGGGAGAACUCGCAGACAUCAAAAAGGAAAACGCGGAAUUACGUUUGAAAAAUGAGGAUCUCAACGAGUUAGUGGAGGAUCUAAGAGAGAGAAUGAGAAACAUCGAGCAGUAUACCCGGAAAAAUAAUUUGGAGAUAAGUGGUAUUCCGGUGACUCCGCAAGAAGAUGUCCGUCACAUAGUGAAGGAUGUAGGGGCGGCACUGGGAUGUGACAUGCAGGUGUCUCAGAUUGCAGCAGCUCAUAGGGUACCGUCGUACAACAAGGAGCGUCCGCCUGCGAUUAUAGUCAACUUCUAUAAUCGAGACACCAAAGAAGAGAUUCUCAGGAAGUUUAGAGAAGUAAGAGGAAAAAACCAUCUGACCGCCAACACAAUCAACAAGAACUUCAUACCCAGUAGAGUUUAUGUGUCACAGGAAAACAAACAAUUCCUCUCCAAGCUCAAAAAAAGUGUCAGGAGAUCGGAUAUGCUUUUGUAUGGUGCCGAGAUGGAAAGUUUUUUGUUAGAAAAGCUGAGGGGGAAAGAGUGA